AUGACUACUUCCUUUUCAGAAAACAGUAAAGAUCUCAAAAAAGAACAUAUUAAGUUUAAGGCAGGAAAAAUGAUUCGAGAUGGCACUACUAACAUAGUAAAACCUGACACCAGAAAAGGAAUGAUAUUUUUAAGAACUGAGAAUGAUGGCCUCCUUCAUUUUUAUUGGAAAGAUAGGACAACUGAUAUAAUUGAAGAAGACCUUAUUAUUUUUCCAGGUGAAGCAGAGUUUUCAUGUGUAAAAGAUUCGCCAAAUGGAAGAGUUUUUGCACUUCAUUUUAAAUCAUCUUUCCAGAUUUUUUUUUUUUGGAUGCAAGAUCUUAAUAGUGAUAAAGACGAAUAUUAUGUUAACAAAAUUAACGAAGCAAUUAAAAAUCCCGUAGUUGGUGAAUCUAAUAAAUAUGAUAAAGAUUCGAAAGUGAGCGAGACACAAUUUUUUAAUAAUGAAUAUGAUAAAUGUGUUAAAGCUGUAUCUUUAGAGUCUGAAAAAGAAAAUACGGAGACAAAUUAA